CGUAUCCAAAAUCCGAAGCUCCUGUUCAUUCUGAUAGAGAUUCAUCAUGGAUUAUUAUAUAUGAUCAGUAGUACUCAGCUGUGUGCAGGAGUAAUCUCUUGUAUAUAUAUGACUGGAUGCAUUAUCAAUCUAAGGCACCAAAGACAAGAACAAGUCCAAUUAAGCUGUAGACGAGAGAAACACAUCUUCGAUCGAUCUCACGUGCAGUAGUACAACGUCCGGCCAUAAUCGAAAUACUAGUACUACUGUUGCUGCUGCUGCUGCUGGUGGUUCUCCUCUGGUGCACAUGAUAUAUGGCUAAUAAUUAUCAAGUUGCAGAGCUAACAUGGGAAAAUGGCCAACUAGCCAUGCAUGGGCUUGGUGGGCUCCUCUCCAGUACCUCUCCUACAAAACCCAGGUGGGGUAAAGCCGACGGCGAUACACUAGAAUCAAUAGUCCAGCAAGCCACAUGCAACAAACAAGACUAUGCUACUCCUGAUCCACCCAAGACAUCCUCCAUUAAUGGUGUUGCUUCCUCCGGAAAGAAAUGGGGUCCUGAGAGUUCCGGCCAAGUAAAAGAGCUGCCGGUGGCCUUGACGAGGAAAAGGACACCAUCCGAUUCAGAACAAUGGGAUGGCAGACAUGUUUGUGGCAGUACUAAUGUAUAUGAAGACAUUGUGGAUCGAAGUGCAUGUGCUAGUGCUAGUGAUGUCAGUGCCGCCUUUUGCAGGAACUCUGAUGCAACUAUGAUGACAUGGGCUUCCCUUGAAUCGACUCGGAGCUUGAAGACCAAAACUACUGAUGAAGACUAUUCGUCUUGUCACGGUGGCUCGGGAAACCGAGAUGAAGAGCGUGAGACGAAUAACAAAACAGAACGCUCCCACUCAACAAGGAGAAAUAGAGCUGCUGUCAUGCAUAAUCAGUCUGAAAGGAGACGAAGAGAUAGGAUUAAUGAGAAAAUGAAAGCCCUACAGAGGUUAGUGCCAAAUGCCAGUAAGACUGAUAAGGCUUCAAUGCUUGAUGAGGUGAUUGAGUACUUGAAACAACUUCAAGCACAAAUUCAAAUGAUGAGUACUGUAAGAAAUUAUAAUAUGCCUCAAAUGAUGAUGCCUUUGGGCAUGCAGCAACACCUGCAAAUGUCUCUCCUAGCACGUAUGGGCAUGGGCGUUGGGCUAGGGAUGGGUAUGUUUGACCUGAGUACUGUGUCACGAAAUUCACCUCAAACUCAUGGUCUUCCACCUUCGCUCAUCCAUCCAGCUGCUUCAGUUGCUGCCACAGCUCCAACAUUUGUUUCCCCUCCAUUUGUGGUGCCAUCUUUGAUUCCAACACAAGCUGUAGCUCAGGCAAAGCCCAACCCACCUGGCAACAUGAAUGCUACUCCUGUAUCUUUCCCACAUCCAUAUUGCACAUUUUAUGCACAACCAGUGAAUAUGGACCUUUACAACAAGAUGUCUGCAGCCCUCUACCGCCAACAAGUCAGUCAUACGACACAGGCAAUGAGCAACCCAUUACAAUCACACCAAGUUCAAGGCGAUCAUUGACAUGAUCAGGAGAACAAGCAUAUUAGCAGUGCAAAUUAAUUAAGGAAAAGAAAAAUGUUUGGUCUAGACAUGAUCAGAGAUUUACAAAAGCAAACUUAAAAAUUGAUAAAAUUGAUGUGGCAUAUAAAAGUAAAUCUAACAUAUUAUAUGAAACUACAUUAUUGUGCAAGUUUUGUUUUUUGUAAGAUCUGGAUCUGUACUUGCAGGUCUAACACUUCUCUUUUUAAAAGCUUUUUGUGACACUAGUCCUUUU